AUGCAGGUUGGUAUUCAGGACGAUGAGUCAAAACGUUGUAUGUUCUCUGGGUGUUCACAGGUAGAUUAUCUCGCUACACGUUGUACUUACUGCGGUGGUAUUUACUGUUGUGAUCAUACUCCAGCAAAUGCUCAUAACUGCCGAAUCUUUAAUUCAAAGUCCUUAACAUGUCCUCUUUGUGGAACUAAUGUACCCUUGGAAUAUAAUAAUCAGAGACCAGAUGAGGCGGUUUCGCGGCAUAUGGACCGUGGUUGUCGCCCUCUUCAGCCUCAGAGAAAUACCAAAGAACGAUUGAAUUAUUGCUCUUACGCUAAUUGCACAAAGAAUGAACAUGCUUCUAUUAUUUGUGAGGAUUGUAAGAAUAUGUAUUGCAUUGAACACCGUGCACCAGCACGUCACCAUUGUCGAGCCAUCCGGAUUUCACCGGCUCUCUCUUCUGUGAAGGAAUCUUCAUCUGCUGGUACAUCUUCACAAGUUGCGACUUCCCCUUCUGCUUCUUCACCAUCACGAGGUGUUCCCCGUAAUACACCUAGUACAGCAUUUGGCAAAAAGACGGAAGACUCUGUUACACCGUUAAUUUUAUUCGCCAGUGAAUUUGCUGUUGUUCCAUUUUUUAUGCACUUCUCUCGUUUGAUUGUAGUUGGUCGUUUAGUGGAUCUUGCCCUCGCUCAGGCAUCUCUAGAUAGUUCUAAGGUAUCCAAGGCGAAAGGACCGUGGGUACCUCACGUACUGCAGCGACACAGUGAUUCUUCAAGUGGAUUGUCAGUCUUUACACCACGUUUAUCAGCCACACUUAAGGAGGCUGGUGUGGUGGAUGGGGUUAUGGUAUAUAUUGGAACGCAAGAGGUAUUACCCAAGGAAGUUCUCGAAGCACUUACCAAGCGGCCAGAAAUGAGGCGACGAAAAAGUUCUAAAGACGGCAAUUGUAGUCUUAUGUAA